UCUGAUAUUUGCCGCCAACCGUGGCAAAAUCGCCAGAUUGUUUAAAACAGCUAAUACUCAAUUUUUACAAGGCAAUAGGACAAAAUGACAAUACAUUUUUAAAUUUUCAGGGUGCACUGGAUGAGAUUCUCUCCUAAACCCAACAUUCACCCAAAUUCGGAACUGCGAUGAAAGUCAGCUGUUAGUUUGACAUAUUUAGGAAAGUGCACUCGAUCCAGAUUUGGUUAAAAGUGCUGGACGUCUGCGUUGGAUUUUUAAGUCUUAAGGAAAGGUCUGGGAACAGAUAACACUAAUCUACGAGCAAAUCUAUUUGUGUCUAACGUCGCUUUAAAAAUGAAUGUACGGAAAUUAUUUUUAUCCACUUCGUUACGAAAUAUUACGAGUACUAUGAGGGGAGCAUUGGAAUUUAGGCGCUUGGAUUGGCAACGAAACAUAUGUACAGGGCAUCCGAUCUUUAUCCCGCUCACGGAAAGAACGCUCAUCCAAAGAGGUUGUUUUAAUUGGGAAAGGUUAUAUUGCACUUCGGGGCAGACUUUAGUGGCCGUCUAUAGUGAAAUUAAAGAUCUACCCAAACAUCCUGAGAAGCUUCUAAUUGAUGUUCGUGAGCCUCGUGAAAUAGAUGAAUAUGGAAAAAUUCCGGGAAGCAUCAAUAUUCCACUGGGGGCUCUGGAAGAUACACUUUCUUCAAAAUUGGAAAAUAGGAGUUUCACCAGAAAGUUCAACCGUAAGUUUCCGGACCCGACUGAUGAAUUGAUAUUUUCAUGUCAAAAAGGCGUCCGCGCUCAAAAGGCUUCUGAAAUCGCGACAAGAUUGGGAUAUAAAAACAGACUGAAAGGCCCGCGUUCUGUGACGUCACAACUCGAUCCAAGAAACUUCAGUAUCCCGGCAAAUAUUCUUUCGUACGUUGCUGCACAAAUAACUCCACAAAAACUCUGCAGAAACUUUUUGGGCUGUUCCGAAAGGAGAUUUUCGGAAGAAGUGGUUCGCCAUCGUCCUCCAGAAUCCAGUUUCUUUGGAAUCAGGUUUAAAUUAGAAGAGAUACCGCAGAAUACUCAACGUGCCCAAGGUACGAAUCCCGCUCAGUGCAAAUCAGUUUCUUUUUGCGGCCUGUGAAUCUUUCAGAAAGGGUAAAAGUUUACAAAGGGUCAUGGAUCGAUUGGGCGAAGCAUGAAGGAAUUCCAAUUUCAUUGACAUGAUCAAAGAUACUACAACAGGCGUCAAUAGUUUUGAUUGGUAGUUAAAAAUAAAUAGAUGAAUUCUUAAAAUUGUGUUAGACUAUUGACUUUGUAUAUUUUUUUCAAUUCAUAAAUUAAAAUUUAAAAGGAAGCAGUCAUAA